AUGGCGAUUAAAUGGUCCGAAAAAGCUGUCUCAGUGGAGGCUUUAUCAUUCUCUCCUCCCAUUGUCAUCCUAACCCAGGACGAUUUGAAAAAAAUCGCCGCUUACAAAGCCGUCGAGUUCGUCGAGUCGGGUAUGGUUCUGGGUCUGGGCACCGGUUCGACUGCCAAAUACGCCCUGGAUCGAAUCGGCGAGUUGCUCCGUCAAGGCAAGCUCACCAACAUCGUCGGGAUCCCCACGUCGAAGAAAACGCAAGAACAAGCUCUCUCUUUGGGUAUCCCACUCUCGGAUCUCGACAGGCAUCCCACCAUUGAUUUAGCCAUCGACGGCGCCGAUGAAGUCGACCCGCAUCUCAAUCUCGUCAAAGGGAGAGGUGGGUCGCUUUUAAGAGAGAAAAUGGUGGAAGGUGCUUGCAAGAAAUUUGUCUGUAUCGUCGAUGAAUCCAAAUUGGUUAAACAUUUGGGAGGUAACGGUUUAGCUCUGCCCGUUGAAGUCGUCCCCUUCUGCUGGAAAUUCACUGCGAAUAAACUCCAAAACUUAUUCCAACGCUCUGGCUGCGUCGCCAAGCUGAGGAAUGAUUGUGAAGGGAAUCCAUUUGUGACGGAUAAUGGGAAUUACAUCGUCGAUUUGUAUUUAAAGAAAGAGCUGGGGGAUUCGCAGAUUGCCAGCGAUGCUAUAUUGAGGGUUGCUGGUGUUGUUGAACACGGUAUGUUUCUUGAUAUGGCCACCACUGUUAUCGUUGCAGGUGAGCGUGGAAUCACAAUCAAGAAUAAAGGUUAG